UUUUGCAACAACUCGCCGCGCCGCGGCCUCCGCGCGCCGCCGCCGCCCCGCCGCCGCCGGCUCCCGCCGCCCGGGCCCGGCCGGCCGCGCCGGGGGCCGCCGCGCUCGCCGCUGCCCGCCGUGGCCGCCGACAUGGACACCAAACAUUUCCUGCCGCUCGACUUCUCCACCCAGGUGAACUCCUCGUCCCUCAGCCCCCCGACGGGGCGCGGGUCCAUGGCCGCCCCCUCGCUGCACCCCUCCCUGGGGCCCGGCAUCGGUUCCUCGCUCGGCUCCCCGGGGCAGCUGCACUCGCCCAUCAGCACCCUGAGCUCCCCCAUCAACGGCAUGGGCCCACCCUUCUCCGUCAUCAGCCCGCCCAUGGGCCCCCACUCCCUGUCUGUGCCCACCACGCCCGCCCUGGGCUUCGGCACCGGCAGCCCCCAGCUCAACUCGCCCAUGAACCCCGUCAGCAGCACCGAGGACAUCAAGCCCCCGCUGGGCAUCAAUGGCGUCCUCAAGGUCCCCGCCCACCCCUCAGGGAACAUGGCGUCCUUCACCAAGCACAUCUGCGCCAUCUGCGGGGACCGCUCCUCAGGCAAGCACUACGGCGUGUACAGCUGUGAGGGCUGCAAGGGCUUCUUCAAGCGCACGGUGCGCAAGGACCUGACCUACACCUGCCGGGACAACAAGGACUGCCUCAUCGACAAGCGCCAGCGCAACCGCUGCCAGUACUGCCGCUACCAGAAGUGCCUGGCCAUGGGCAUGAAGCGCGAGGCCGUGCAGGAGGAGCGGCAGCGGGGCAAGGACCGGAGCGAGAGCGAGGUGGAGUCCACCAGCAGCGCCAACGAGGACAUGCCGGUGGAGAAGAUCCUGGAGGCCGAGCUGGCCGUCGAGCCCAAGACCGAGACGUACGUGGAGGCCAACGUGGGGCUGAACCCCAACUCGCCCAAUGACCCCGUCACCAACAUCUGCCACGCGGCCGACAAGCAGCUCUUCACGCUGGUGGAGUGGGCCAAGCGCAUCCCGCACUUCUCGGAGCUGCCGCUGGACGACCAGGUCAUCCUGCUGCGGGCGGGCUGGAACGAGCUGCUCAUCGCCUCCUUCUCCCACCGGUCCAUCGCCGUCAAGGACGGCAUCCUGCUGGCCACCGGGCUGCACGUGCACCGGAACAGUGCCCACAGCGCGGGCGUGGGCGCCAUCUUCGACAGGGUCCUGACCGAGCUCGUGUCCAAGAUGCGGGACAUGCACAUGGACAAGACGGAGCUGGGCUGCCUGCGGGCCAUCGUCCUCUUCAACCCGGACUCCAAGGGGCUCUCGAACCCGGCCGAGGUGGAGGCCCUGCGGGAGAAGGUCUACGCGUCCCUGGAGGCGUACUGCAAACACAAGUACCCGGAGCAGCCGGGCAGGUUCGCCAAGCUGCUGCUGCGGCUGCCCGCCCUGCGCUCCAUCGGCCUCAAGUGCCUGGAGCACCUGUUCUUCUUCAAGCUCAUCGGGGACACGCCCAUCGACACCUUCCUCAUGGAGAUGCUGGAGGCCCCGCACCAAAUGACUUAGGCCCCCGGCGCCCGGCCGGCCGCCCGCUGCUGUCCUCGGCGAGCCCGCCCCCGCCCCUCCUCUGCGGGCCCGUGUGGACCUGGGGGCGCGGCCUGUCACUGCUAAGCCUAAGAGAGAUGUUGCCACCCUCGUUAUUUUCAAUACUGCUUGUCUUUGGACCCAGCCGGGAGCGGCUUCCCGGGGUGGCCGCCGCAGUGCAAGGACUGGUGUGACCCCAGCCAGGCCGGUCCGGUCCCGGGACUGCGCGCAGGGCGGCCCCCGGGGUCGCAGGCCCCGUCCCCGGAGCCGCAGCACCCCCGGGGUGUCCAGCCCCCGGGGCUCUGGAGCCACAGGUCGGAAGGGCAGCUUCGUGUGGGUCACCGUUGUCCCGGUUUCCCAGCCUCCUGGGCCCCACCCACGAUCGGGGUUCUCGGGGACGGGUGAGGAGGAGUUGGUGUUUUGUCCCAGAGGACCCCCCCACUCCCCGGGAAGCCGAGGGGCUCUGGGGCCAGCAGACUCCUCUUCCCGCACAGUGGGGGGCCGGCAGUCCUGCUUCCAAAGAUCACUCACAGCCCUGCCCCCGCCAGUCCCGGCGGGAGCCGCCUGCUGUGCCGGGUGCGGGGCCACCUCCUGGCUGCAGGGACGGUGGUCGCCCCCACCUCAUUUUCUUUCUCCGUUGUCUCCGUUGCCACCGCUUACGUCACCCUUGCCCUCCCGCCCCUCCGGGCUCCAUCGGACCCAGGGUGACCCCCCCCCCUCCCACCACACGGCGCUGGCCUGACCUCCGCUUGGCCUCCGAUGCCCCCUCCCGGGCCCGGGCGCCGAGGCGGCCCCUGCUCUGGAAGCCGAGCCCACGCGGCUCUGCUGCCCCCUCCUGGCGGAGACGGCGCCCGGCUGCCUUCCCAGACGGGUCCCUCCUGCUGUGCCCACUCGCAGAGGCCUGCGGGGCUGCGGCCUGGGGCUCUUGGGGGGGGGGACCCCAUCUCGGGGGGCUGCUCUGUCUACCGGACUCUGGGAACGAGGGGCCGCUGAGUGCCACCCUCCUGCGCCCGGGCUCCGAUGCCCCUCGGGCUGUGGUCGGGGGCGUGGAGCCUUCAGUGGGAACCCCAUCCCACGUCCACUCUGGUCCAGGGCGCCCUGUGCGGCCCAGCACCCCCGCUGCAGGUUGAACUGGCCCCUGGCACUGCAGUCCCUCCCCUUGGUCCGUCUGCUGGACUCGCACCCACCAGCCCCACGGGGCCUGAACGGGCCAGGAUGUGGGGGUGCGGGUGGCGUCCUGUCCGCUGAGCCCCGGGGGGCAGGCUCUGGACCAGUGGCUUCCCUUCUACCGCCCCCGCCAGCAGCUCUGGGCGGGGUGGGGGUGGGGCGGGGUGGGGGGGUUGCCGUCCCCAAAGUUGGUGUCCCCCCCGAGGGCACGAGGUGCCCCUGGCGGGGAAGAGGCCCCCCUCCUCGGGUGCGGCCCCCCGAGCACUGUCCAAGGCGGGGGCCAGGGGCUGCCCCGCCACCCUCUCGCACUGUCCCCGGGCGUCUCGGCACCCUGCGGGGCACGGUCGUGACGGGCAGCGGUGCUGGCCUUCUCGAGCCGUUCCCUUCGGGGCCCCCCAGCGGAGGGGAUGUUAAACCACCCCCCGACACCCUGGUGCCUUCUGCAGCCAGACGCACCCGCUGCCCGUGCCCGGCUCCCCCCUCCCCCGGGCCUCGUGGGUGGCUCCGGAGAAAACCCAGGUGUGGGUCCUUGGUUGGGGGUCAGCUUCCCGGGAGCGUCACGGGCACUGGCCCUGCUGGCGGUCCGUGCAGGAGGGAGGCCCCCAGGCUGCCCUGCCCCCACCGGCGUCCAGGCCCCCGGGCCGCCCCCCCCCCACCAGCCCGCGGUCACCGCCGCCCUGCACGCAGUUCUGUCUGGACAAGGGAGACCGGGGAAGGGGCGCAUUACUCAGUAGAGCGGUAGAAUUCUUCUUUAACCAGAUCCCCUGUAGUGAUACCAAUCUGGUUCAAUUAAGGUGAUUUUUUUGUAAUCAUUAUUGUAUCGGUGGGACAAUCUUUAAUUUUCUAAAGAUAGCACUAACGUCAGCUCGUUGGGCACCCCGUGCCGGUUCCCGCCUGGACUCGGCCGGACUCCUCCCGGCACCCGGCAGCGUCCCCGCCCCUCGCUGACAUCCGACGGGGCUCCCGCGGCCGUGGCCGAGAACCAGAGACGUGGCCGAAUCCUGUGCUUGGAAGGUGCUGGCAAAGCCAGCCCGCCCCACCCCUCGCCCCUCGGAAACUGGCCUGCCAGGACGCUCGCCGACGCGGCCCCCAGUCAGCCCUCAGCCACCUGGAGGACGGCGGCGGCGGCGCCGCGAAAACCCGGCCCCUGGGUGUCUCAAGUCUCGGCGCGCCCGGGGGAUUCGGGCUGGUGCGGGGGAGCGGCCAGGCCGGGCGCCUCCUGUGCGGUGCCCGCGGGUCCCCAGCUGGCGGUGUCCCCGUCACGGAGCUGGGGCGCGGGGCCCCGGCCCUGCCCACGCGGGAGUGCGGUGCCAGGCGUGUGCGCCGCACGGAGGGUCUGCCGGGGGCCGCCCACCGCCCACGCGCGCGGCUCCUGGCGUUUCCUGCUCAUCUUUAAUCGAGACUUUCCCCCCUUCCCUAUAAAUUUGCUUCACACGAGCAAGUCCGUAAGGACCCCUCCUUUGGUGAAUCGGGUUUGAAUGACUUAUCUCGAGGCGAGGAGCUGCAUCUAUUUUAAGAUGCGUGGGCGCGAACGGCCUCAGGCGGUCCCCACCCUUAGCCUUAGCGGGGACGCGCGGCCGGCGCUCGGAGGGGACAGAUACAGAGAGUAAAGAUAAGAGAAAUGUCUAAAGCAUCGGGAAAGGUAAAAAAUCUAUUUUUGUACAAAUGUAAUUUUAUCCGUCAUGUAUACUUGGACGAGACGGGGUGGGGAGGGGGGCUCGUUGUGUUUCUGCUUCAGCAUGAGGAGAGCGCCCUCGGGGACCCGCCGGGACCGGAGCGGGGUGGGGCCGGGGCCUCCCCGGCGUGGCGGCACCCCCUCGCGCACGGGGAGCUUGCCUUCGGGCUGUGUCCCCGCUGCCACCGCCUCCGGAAGCUCCGACUGUAAAUGCCAUCCCGGGCUGACUGGUCCAUGGCGCUGGCCGCGGGCCGGGCCACAAGGGGCGGUCUGCGGGCCGUGGACAGGAGAGAGAGAACCGUGAGCGGAGAAACAGAACAUGAGCGUUUGAAACCACA